AUGCCAUAUACUAAGGAGGGUCACCUCUUUGACGGUGAAAAUCAUUCCAAAGGUCUGGAAACAGACGCCGUCGUGCCGAGCACUGUUUAUCCUAGAAGAUCCUACGAUGUGAUCGUGAUAGGUGGAGGCUUCUGUGGUCUCGUUGCUGCCCGGAAUCUUGCCUAUGAUCGGGGCUUGCGCGUUCUGCUUUUGGAAGCUCGAGACCGAAUCGGCGGCCGCACUUGGACAGCCAAAGCGAUGGGUGAAGAGUUUGAGAUGGGGGGUGGCUUUGCUAAUUGGCAUCAACCCCAUUUCUGGGCGGAACUCCAUCGCCACGGCCUGGAAAAAUGUUUGAAGCUUUCCGCAGGCACGACGUCUACCGAUUACAAUCUCUACAAGGCAUCAGGUCAACACGUGGAGCGCAUCGACGAUGUCGCACAGUACAACAAGAGGUGCUCAGACAUUGCUGAAAUGUUCUUCAGCAUGGAUAACAUGACGCCACGGGAACUCAUGCCAUACCCACAUGAGCCAACUCGUCCGCAGCCUUGGCAAAAAUACGAUCACCUCAGCUUACAUGACCGCUUGGAACAGCUCGAUUUGCCACAGUACGACAAAGACAUGUUCGUCUGUCAUACGAACUCUUUCGGCAGUGCGACUGCACCGGAAAUUGCUUGGACGGAUGCGUUGCGGUGGUAUGCUCUUGGGGGCUAUAACUUCUCCACGAUGUAUGACGCAGUGGCAUGCUACAAGUUAGGCAAGGGAGGAAUGACCAACUUCGCUCGUCAUAUUUUCGCUGAGUAUCGGGGCGAUGUUUUGUUUAACCAGGUUGUGACCUCAAUUGAACAACAUCCAGUUACGGGCGUCAAGAUCACCUGUAAUGAUGGUGCAUCUUUCGAAGCUGGUUGGGCCGUGUGCACCAUUCCUCUGAAUUGUCUCCAAGAUAUCAACUUUUCUCCCCCCCUCAAUCCGUCGAAGCAAGCAGCAACCAAAGAGGGUCACAUCAACAAGGGCGAAAAAUAUCUUUUUCGAGUCGAGCAUCACCAAGAAAACUGGUUCGCAAACACUUCCGAUUCGAAGACCAGCGAUUUCCAGUUUGGCUGGAAGGAUCAUGACGGGACGCGAACUACUAAAGUCCCCACCUCCUACAGCGUGCUAUUUGGUCUCACUGGGAAGCUUGAUGACCCUACCGACAGCAAAAAGGUGAUUUCAGAAUUCAAAAAGCUUCAACCCGCCGGCAGAGUUAGCGGCUAUGUAUCGCACACAUGGUCAAACGAUCCAUUUGCAAAAAGGAGCAUGGUUCGCUGCAAGUCCGGGAUGGUUCAACAGAAACUUUGA